GGAGGACGCCACAAUGAUGAAGUUCAGUACGCAGCACAAAGUGGAUUUUUGGAGGCGAAUACUUCCGUGAUUGGAAACUUUUAUGAGGGCGAGGAAGGAAAAAAACGUGGACUUUUGACUUUACGCCGUAGAUCAUCCAUUUUUGACAAACGCAUAUUUUGACACGAGCGCAUCGUUACGCAGGAGAGAGAAGUGGCUCUUCCAAAUAACUUCAAAUCUCACCAAAAACUACCGGGAUGUUUAGAUGAGAGCAGUAACUCCAACAGGGACAAUGCACACUAAUCAACAGUUGCACUGUCCUUCACAGGAUCCAACAUGCCAGUUGUGAGUCUGCCUGAUUGAGCAGCCUCGCCUCACUCCGCUGUGUCCAGUGCUGUGGCGCCCUCUGCUGUGUGUGACCGAGGAAGGCCGGGAAGGACAGGCGGGAUGGGGAACCGGCUGGAGGAGGGGAUGAACGCCGUCAUCGUCAGCCACUACAACCACUCAGGAAAGUGGGACAAGCCUCGCAGCAGCGGGGCCUGUAAGAUGGCCCUGCUGCUCUUCAUCUGCGUGCUGAUCGUUCUGGAGAACGUUACGGUCCUGCUCACUCUCUGGAGGAACAAGCGCUUCCACAGCCGCAUGUACUUCCUCAUUGGGAACCUGGCGCUGUCAGACCUGCUGGCCGGCGUGGCCUAUGUGGUCAACAUCUUCACCUCAGGAAGCAACACCUACUUCCUGACGCCGCUGCAGUGGCUGGCUAGAGAAGGGAGCAUGUUUGUGGCCCUCAGCGCAUCCACGUUCAGCCUCCUGGCAAUUGGGAUCGAGAGGCACAUGACUAUGGUGCGCCUGCGUCCGUGCGAGACAGCAGGUCGGGGGAGACUUCUUGGACUGCUGGUAGCUUGCUGGCUCGUGUCAUUGCUGCUCAGUGCCCUGCCCAGCCUGGGCUGGAACUGCCUGGACAACAUGGCCUCCUGCUCCACAGUGCUGCCGCUCUAUGCUAAGAGUUAUGUGGCCUUCUGCAUCAGUGUGUUCAGCGCCCUGUUGGUGGCCAUCAUCAUCCUCUACAUCAGGAUUUACCGCCUGGUGACCUCUAGCGGCCGCAGGGUGAGCAGCCGGCCUUCAGAGCGCUCGCUGGCCCUGCUGCGGACAGUGGUCAUUGUUCUUGGAGUGUUUGUCAUGUGCUGGACCCCCCUCUUCCUCCUGCUGCUGCUGGAUGUUGGUUGCAGCCCAGAUAAGUGCCCUGUGCUCUACCAGGUGGACUGGUUUAUAGCCCUGGCUGUGCUCAACUCUGCCCUCAACCCUCUGAUAUACACUCUGUCCAGCAGGGAGAUGAGGGCGGCUUUCUUCAGGCAGCUGUGCUGCUGUCAGACCAGCAUGGAGCACACUGGGACUCCCGUGGGGGGUAACCCCAACCUGGGCACGGUCAUCCCCACAGUGGAGAACAGCAAGACCAGCGCAGGAGGGGGCAGUGGGGCUGGCAAGUCCACGCUGAAUAGAGGGAAGGUUCCCACACCUAUCAACGCUGACAACAAGCAUGGAGAUCCCUCAGCCACUGCUGUGCCCCAUCCCUCCGGGCCUGCAGACCUGCUCUCAGCUGUGCUGGUGAAGGCGGGGGCGCUGCCGACCCUCAGCAAGUUCUGAGUGGAAGCACCUUAAUGAGGCUUUGCAGUCACACAGAAGAAGACGCAGAACUGAAAUAGUCCUGCUAUCAGCCACUUUUUGUUUAUGCACUAUGACCAGUGUAGCAAUGGAUGGUAUUCAGUUGGAACGAUAGUAAUGCAGAUGAGAGUACAAUCAAAAUCACUUAAAGCCACUAUUUACAACAACUCAGCAAUAUUAUUCACGACACCAGAGUUACUGAUAUGUUGUGUUUGUCCUACACUAUGAUUAACGUUAUGAAAUAUAAUAGGACAAUUUCAUAGACAUGUAUUAAACCAAGCCCCAAAUGUAAUAUAUCGUCUUAAUUCAUGUCUGAAGCUAGACUUGGUAAUGCUUCAAAAAUCAAAUGUGUAUAAUUAACACUAUUAGUGUCGUGUCUGUCGAUGCGUUUAUUUUAUUGUGUCCUUACAAACAAUGAAGAUUAAUUUGGGGCACUUCUUUUGCAUGUGCUAUAUGCAAGCACUCUUAAAGCACCUGCAUUUUCCAUCACAACUGGAUUUGGUAAAGUAUUUAUUUUCUGUGAAAACAUUUGCCAUCUUAAUACUAUUGGUAUUCCUGUUCAAAAUAGGUUGUGUGCAUAGAAAACACCACGGUACUAGGACUUAGUUAUUGAUUUUUGUUAUGAUUUGAGAUGCACUGGGAGAGCGAACAGGAUCAAUGGUUUGUUUAUCAGACUAGCGGCCUCAUUAGGCUGUGAUACUCAUUACACACACACCACAAAUCAAAAGUGGUGGAUGAAUGACAAAUGGCAGCAACAUUGCUAUUAUUAGAUUCUUACCACUAGUGGGCAAGAGCGUAAAGAUUGUCCUCGCGGUGGUGCUACAGGAUAAACUCUAAUCAGUAGGGUUCGAUAUCUGUAUGGUGGCCAUUUUUGGACAAUUCAAGCUCAGUUCUACAUUAGCAGGACUGACUCAUAUUUUAUCUAAGCUCUACUGUGUCAGCAUCAACUGGACAUUUUUGCUUCUGAUCAGCUCAUCUAGAAACCACUCACACACGUCUACUAACCACUAGUGAAUAAGAGUGUUGGAUGUGAAUUAUUUAAUGGUGGUAGACUGUAAAUUACAUUUCUGUCUAGGGUGGUGUAGUGCCUGAUACCAUUAUAUAGCAAAUGAAAUAAAAUCCUAUUGCCUUUUAUGAGAGUUUCACACGUGUCAUGUUUUGAUAUUCAAUCAAUGACUUGCCCGCUUCCAACCCCCGUCCUCUCAGCCAUACUCAGUCUGUGUUGGUCCUCUGCAAACAUUGUUAAGGUCUACAGGAAAACCAGACAUUUUGUCUGCACGUUUUUGCACCAUAUGAACCGUAGAUCCGUCUGUAGUCACAUAACAGCUUAAGUCAUACAUAUAUAAAUGCACAAAUGCUCCGAUUUGUCAGUUAUUCAGACAGAAGAAGAGAAGUGUCAUGAGAUUUAACCUGGCUGCACUCAUUAAAUAUCCUAAUGGGAAGCUGAUUGAUGCCCUCUCAAUCCAAUUCAUAAGUAGACCUGGGUCAGCCAGGGUUAUGAAUAAUGCAGAGAAACUUUUGAUAUUUAUUUCAACCAAGGGUUUCCAGCUCCACGAGGUCACAGCUGUUAGUCAUGAAAGAUACUGCAGGAAUCUGACUUUGAAGAGCUUCCUAUUGUGAAAAGUCUCCUAUCUCUGUUUAAAUUUAAAACUGAGGUUUCGUUACAUUACAAUUCAAACAGUAUGUACAUGACGCUUUUUACAUAAACAUUUAAAGGAUGCGUUGAGAUAAAAAAAGAAUAUGACGUGGCAUUGUGGAAAGGGU